UCAGCUGUCAGCUCUUCUCCUUUAUUUAGCCAUCCUCCUCGAAGCUGAUCUCCCACCCCCACACCCACAGGAGGAGCUAGCGCGCUGCGCAGCGGAGGCCAACGCCGACUUCAGCUGCCUGUUCUUCCAAGGAAGGCGCCGGAUCCUCGCCAUCCAAGAAGGGGUUUUUGGUGCUUGGAGAACCUUCAGUGAAGCAGCUCAUAUAGUCAUAGUAUCAAGAUGGGGAAAGAGAAGCUGAAGGAGGAAGAGAAGAAGUCCAAGGAUGAGAUCCAUCUCAAGAUCAAGAGCAAGGACAAGUCAUCAGGCAAUGAGGAUGAGAAGGAGGAGAUUGAGAUAGGGAUCAAGGCCGAGUUUGCAGAGAAGGAAGAGGUCAAGCACGAGUCAGAUGGUGCAAAGUCUUCAGGCAAGGGUAAAGAAGCAAAGAAAGACAAAGAGAAGGAGAAAAAGAAGCCAGAGAAGCAUGAAGAUGAGCACAAAGAUGAUGAGAAGGUGAUCAAGAAGAAGGAUAAGAAAGAGAAAGAUAAGCAAAAGAAGGAAGAUGGUGAAGAUUCGGGGAAGGCCGAGGAAAGAAAACAUAAGAAGACCGAGAUAAAAGAGAAAGAUAGUGAUGAUAAGCCUAAAGAGGGCAAGGAGAAACACAAGCAGAAAGACAAUGAUGAUGGAAAAGACUCAAAGAAGGAUACAAGGGCUAAAGAGAAGGAUGAAUCCAAGUCGAAGGAUUCAAGUGAUGAGAAACAAGAGAAAGGCAAAGACAAGAAAACGAAAAAUGAGAAGAGCGAAGAAACAGAACAGAAGGAGAGUCAGUUUGCCGCAAGCUCGGGCACAAGAGAAAUCAAGCUAACAAAUGAUGAACCACAUAAGGAAGAAAUUCAUACUUCUGAAAAGAAAACAGAUGGAGCAGCCAAAGUGAAGGAACAAGGAAACAGAGAUAAGGAGGAGAAACACUACGGAUCCAAGAAAAUUGACGAGGAUGAAGAGAGCAAGAAGAAAGACAAAGAAAAGAAAGAGAAGAAGGAUAAAUUUGACAAGAAGGAAGACGGUAAGAAGGAAGAGAAGGACGGCGAGGAGGAUGAAGAAGGUAAGAAGAAAGGCAAAGAAAAGAAAGGGAAGAAAGAUAAAAUUGAUAAGCAAGAUGGUAAGAAGAAAGAGAAGGACGACGAUGAAGAGAAAGAAGGCAAGAAGGAAAACAAAGAAAAGAAAGAGAAGAAGAAAGAUAAAACUGAAAAGAAGGAAGAUGGUAAGAAGAAAGAGAAGGAUGAUGAUGAAAAGAAAGAAGGCAAGAAGAAAGGCAAAGAGAAGAAGAAAGAUAAGGCCGCCAAGGAGAAGACGAACGAUCCAACAAAGCUGAAGGAGAAUCUAGAAAAGAUCGAUGCCAAGUUACAAGACCUACAAGCUAAGAAACAAGACAUCCUGAGGCAGCUAAAAGAGCUGGAAGAGAGUGGCAAGGGAAAGACCAACGAAGAAAAGCCUGCACAGGUACUGGAACAGGGUGGAGAAAGCAAGGCCAAGGAAGAUAAUCCUGUUGCUGCUGCCUCAUCUUUUGCGACUCUCUGAGCUGUUCAUGUAACAACACUUUUCUGAUCUGGGUCUAUGCAUGCAUUGCAUUGUGUGAAGGAACAUAUAGCCUGAGCUGAGUUGUGAGGCUACGUAAUAAUUCCGAUCUGGCCCUCUGGGUCCGUGCAUGCAUUUCACCGUGUAAUGAAACAUAUAGUUUGAGUUGUGUGAGGA